UUUAUAGCAAAAAAUUAAAAGAUUUUGAAAUUUCCAAAUCAGUCUUUCUUUAUUUGGAUGAGAUCUAAUAAAAUUGACACAAUUUAACCUGAAACUACUUCAAAAAGUUUCAUAAAAGAAGAUAUAUAAAACUAAAAUUUAGAAGAAUCAAAUUCUUGUUUCAAAUCCAGAGGGUAUCAAACAAUUAGUCAUAAAUUAUAAUGCAGCGCAUUUGUGCUUUAUACCAUAGUUUCGAUAGGAAUUUUUAUAAGUAGAAUAUUCUAAAUAUCAAUAGAUUCAGAUUAGUUAGACCAAUAUGGAUAAAACUACUAAGUAAAGUAUAGACUGAUAGAUUUUUAAUAGAUGACUAAUUAAUUUUUUAAAAACUUUGACUACUAAUUUGGAUAGACAAAACAUGCAUUAGAUGUAAUUAAUGAUAUCUACAACAUUGCUGAAAUUAGAUUUAAUGAUUAUGACUUUUCUACCUUCAGCCGUUGCCAUAUAAAUAAUGUAACUCUUUGCAUAAGCUAAAAUAAAGAUGAAGAAAUUACCUAUAAGCUUAGAGCUGAUAGUUUUUAUUAAAUAUAUUACUUUUUUACAAGUUCAAUUUAUUUAACAAAUAAUGCUGAUGAAUCAGCAAUAUCACCAUCUUAGCAAGCUAUAGUUACCAAAACAUCAAUGUUCGAAAGCUUCUACUUUAACGCUUUUUAACACUUCUACUUUACUAAUAAUCUUCAUCACAAAAUGUUCAUUGUAUUUCCAAACGACAAAGUAGCAAGAAUUUUUCCAGUUUAAUACGAUUCAAUUUAACCUAUUUCUACAAAUGACUAUACGAUGAUGAGAAGUGUUAUGACUGGUACCUAGCCUAAUACUUAUUGGAAAUUGGAUCAAAAUUCACCUACAUAUUAAUAUUUUAGCAAUCUUUCAGAUGUAGUAAAUACAGAUUAAGAUAUUCUAAGAAUAAGAAGAGUUAUUAAAAGAAAUUCAGAUAAUUCUAUGAUAGGUGUAGUGAGCGUAGACAUUUUUACUUCUCAUAUUAAUAACACAAUGAGCCAACUAUUAAAUAGUAAUUACCAAACAUAUUUAAUCAGCAAUUAAGGCGAUAUAAUAUAGACAAAUAUAGAAAACUUUACUGAUGAUAAUAUUUUCACUAGUUUGUAAGGAUGCUAUUGUGAGUAAGUUGUUUAAAAAUUUAAGAGUCUAAAAAUACAUAUUCCUAGCAACUAUGAAUGCUAAUAACCUUAAAUACCUUAUUCUAUACAAGACUGUAUGUAUUUUAAUAUGAAAGAAAUGUGGUAAUCAGAUGGUUAAUACUUGUUUUUUUUAAUAACUAUCAGCAAUAAUUACCAAAGUAAUAAAAGUGAUUAGCUGAUAUAUACAAUUAUUUAUGUUUAUAUCAGUUUGUUUAUAGUAUUGUUUGCUGCUAUAAUUUAUAUAACUAGAACAUAUAUUUUAGAGUUUACAAGCGAUAUUACCAAUCCUAUCAAAUAAGUUUCUUUUAAAAUACAAAGAAUUAUGCACAAUAUAUUUAAUCCAAAGCAAUUCAGUAAGAUUAGAACAGAUGAAAUAGUUAUAAGAGAAAAAACAGAAAUAAGAAAGUUGGCUAACAAAUUUAGUAAAACAUUCUAUAAAUUAAACGAAAAGAAUCUCUUCUAAACUACUAUAGUGAGCUCUAUAGAUAAAUCAUAUUAAAAAUCCAAAGAAAUUAGUGAUAAACCUUAAAAGGAUACUAUAGUUGAUGAAGUUAGAAAUAUAGUACAGUCAUUCUUGGAUGAUUAAUAAUAAGUCCACAAUGAAUAAACUUAGGAGAGAAACAAUAAAUAUGCCAGAUCAAAUAAAAGUAAAAACAAUAUAGAUUCAUCCUUAAUAAGAGACUGAUUGAUUGAUAGAUUGAAAAGUUAAUAAAACAGAUAAAUAAUCCUGAGAAACAAUAAUUGAACAAAUUAACAAAAAAAAUUUUCAAUUAUGAAACUAAAAUUAUUUAAAUAGAUUACUUUAGCUUGUAAAUGUUAAAUCAAAUUUUAUAAAAUAAAAAAAAAUAUUUUUCCUUUAUUUGUAGAGUAUUUUUAACAAAAUUGUUUUAUUUAUUGUUUAAUUUAUAAAAUAAAUAUGUAUAGCACUAUAUUAAGAGUUUUUAAAACUUUUAAUUGAAAAGAUUAUUUUAUGAGUUUAUUAUUAUUUAUUUUAGAUAAAGAA